AGCCUCCUUUGAAGCAUGAGUUCCUACCAGCAGAAGCAGCCCUUCACCCCACCCCCAGAGCCUGAGCAGCAGCAGGUGAAACAGCCCUGCCAGCCUCCACCUCCACCUCAGGAACCAUUUGUUCCCAUAACUGAGGAGCCAUGCCUUCCAAAGGUUCCACAACUGGACAACACCAAGGUUCCCGAGCAAGGCUAUUCCACACUUCCGGAGCCAUGUCCCAUCAAAGUUACGGAGCCAGUCUACACCAACGUCCCUCAGCCUGGAAAUACCAAGGUGCCUGAGUCAUACCCCGCAGUGGUCAUUCCAGGCCCAAACCAGCAGAAGGACAACCAGAAGUAACAUGGUUCACAGCUAUGCCCUUGAGGAACCAACCUCCAGAUAUUGAACACCUUCCUCCCUUUUGUUUCUCUGUCUUCAUUGUGUAUAUCUUGCAAUGAGUAUUUUCUCUCCCUGAGUCACAGCCUCUCUUAUUUCCACCCUAAAAAUAUGUGCUAUGAAGUUUUCCUUACUCUGAACAGUCUUCUGAGCUAUGAGUUCUGCAGAAGGCCUUAGCAGCUUUACUGGAUCUCAGUUGCUUGGG